AUGCCACGCCGGGGUGUGGACCCAACGUACUCAAAUACUACAUUCGGCAUGUGGUAUCUCGGGUUUCUCGCACUCUGUUCUGUGCUCUCCUUCGGCCGAGCGCUGACGAUUAUCGAGUCGUGUGUUCGCUCGUCGCAAAAUAUGCACGACGAGCUGUUCCGACGCGUUUUGAAGGCUCCAGUGACGCAAUACUUUGACGUGACUCCAAUGGGUCAGAUCCUGAACCGCUUCUCGAACGACUUGGAUCAAAUGGAUACUAUGCUUCCCCAAGAGUACCAACUACUGCUCCAGAAUGUGUCUUUGGCCUUCGGAGCGCUCGCCGUCUCGGCAUUGGCUUCGUACUGGAUUGCCUUGACGUACAUCCCGAUCUUCGCUAUGUUUCUUUUCAUCGGACAGUACUUCAAGAAGACAUCGAGUGAGAUCAAGCGACUGGAAGGCGUCACCCGAACGCCCGUGUACAAUCUCUUUAGCGAGACUUUAUCCGUUGAACCGACGUGUAGUUGA